AUUUUCAUCAGUAUUAUAUAUAUUUACUAGACCGUAACAAAACGUUGGAAAGAUAAAAGAAAUAUAAGCGUUUUCUUCUGCUUAAGGGGACAUUCCUCAACUGCUGAUAGUAGGGGGAGGGAUAAUUUAUAUACCAAAAAAAAAUGACAAAAAUACCUGGUUGAUAGUUUUUUACGUUUCAUCUACACAUCCCAAAUAAGACAUGCAUGUACAAGCAUCACCAGAGGCAGACUUGGACACACAUGGAUCAAACAAAUGUUAUGAACUGGAAAGCAAAGACAAGUGCUCUAAUAUAGUGACAUCUGAAAAAGAGGAAGCUAUCUACACAGCAGUGGCUCUACCUAUGGAACCUCAAAAAUACAAUGCAUAUAUCCAAACAGUACAAGUGAAAAUGGAAAUGAAAUAAAAGUUAAAGCCAAAAUAAGAAGACAUCACUCCUUGGCGUAUUAAUUAAUCAAACUAAGAAUUAACAUGAAUUUACCAUUAGUAACAAUUGUACUAGCAACUGUUGUUGUAGUUGUCAAAAAUCAUGCAUGUAAAGACUAUGACUUGUCAGCAUCAGACCAGUCUCUGAUAGAUAUGAUGAAACAUUAUCUCCAUACGUCAAGGAAAGAAGAAAGUUCACAUCAGGCAACCAAACCUGCUAAUACAGGAGUGACGUACGUGCAUUGGGGUAAGAAAAGUUGUCCAAAAGGAGCGGAUUUAGUGUAUACAGGACAGGUUGGUGGUACUGAUUAUACCAGUAAAGGAGGUGGUGUGAACUAUUUGUGUCUCCCUGUUGACCCAGAGAAUGGACUGCAUCAAUCAUAUGGCAAUUCUCAAGUAUACGGUAGUGAAUAUGAACUUGGUUCAUCAUACAAGCCAUCCGGAUGGUCUGAAAGUAUGAACAACAAGGAAGUACCUUGUGCUGUAUGUUACAAAAAACACAGAUCAACGGUCCUGAUGAUACCAGGUCGAAAGACUUGUUAUAAAGGAUGGUCCUCAGAAUAUCAAGGUUAUCUGUUGAGUAGCAACGCAGGUCAUUUUAAAAAAGACUUCGCUUGCGUUGAUAGAAAUGCAGAACCGUUGGAUAAUAAAAAUGGAGAUGAAAACGGAGUUUUGUUUUAUGCUCUCCGGACCAAAUGUGGCAGUUUGAGAUGUCCCCCGUAUUCAAAUGAAGCAGACUUACUUUGUGUUGUUUGUACAAAGUAGCAUUUGACAAAAAUUAACAUAUUAUUACAAAUAAAUUUAUUUUUAUUUGAAU